AUGCCAACUGGUGCCUGCCGCCGCCCAGUGCCUGCUUUUGCCCAGUAUCUGCCGCUGCCAGGUGCCUGCCGCCGCCUGGAACCUGCUACCACCCGUUGUUUGUCGCUGCCUGGUGCCUGCUACUGCCCAGUGCCUGCCGCCACCUGGUGCCUGCCGCUGCCCCGUGCUUGUCGCUGCCUUGGCCCUGCUACCACCCGUUGCCUCGCAAUGAACCGUGUCUGCCGCCGCCCGGUGGAUGCCACCACCUGGUGCCUUCUGCAGCCUAGUGCCUGUCGCUGCCUGGAGCCUGCUAAAACCCGGUGCCUGGUGCUGCCCCGUGCCUGCAGCCGCCAGGUGCCUGCCGCCACCUGGUGCUUCCCGCUGUCCAGUACCUGCCACCACCCAGUGCCUGCCGCCGCCCUGUGCCUGCCGCCACCUGGUGCUUGCCACCGCCCAGUGCCUGCCACUGCCCAAUGCCUGCCGCCACCUGGUGCCUGCCGCUGCGCAGUGCCAGUCGCUGCCUUGUGCCUGCUACCACCCGGUGCCUGGCGCUGCCCCGUGCCUGCCACCACAAUGGUGCCUGCCACCACAUGGUGCCUGACGCUGCCCAGUACCUGUCACUGCCUGGUGCCUGCUACCACCUGGUGCCUGGCGCUGCCCUGUGCCAGCUUCCACCUAGUGCCUGCCGCCACCUGGUGCUUCCCGCUGACCAGUACCUGCCACCACCCAGCGCCUGCCGCCGCCCGGUGCCUGCCGCCACCUAGUGCCUGCCACCGCCCAGUGCCUGCCACCGCCCAAUGCCUGCCACCGCCUGGUGCCUGCCACUGCGCAGUGCCAUGCCUGCCGCCACCAGGCGCCUGCCGCUGCCCAGUACCUGUCACUGCCUGGUGCCUGCUACCACCUGUUGCCUGGCGCUGCCCCGUGCCUGCCUCCACCUGGUGCCUGCUGCCACCUGGUGCCUGCCGCUGCCCAGUGCCUGUCGCUACCUGGUGCCUGCCGCUGCCCAGUGCCUGUCGCUACCUGGUGCCUGCUACCACCCAGUACCUGGCGUUGCCCUGUGCCUGCCACCACCCAGUGCCUGCCACCUCCCAGUGCCUGCCGGCACCUUGUGCCUCCUGCUGCCCAGUGCCUGUCACUGCAUUGUGCCUCUGCUACGAGCUGGUGCCUGGCACUACCCUGUGCAUGACCCACCUGUUGCCUAAUGCCAACUGGUGCCUGCCGCCGCCCAGUGCCUGCUGCCGUCCAGUAUCUGCCGCUGCCAGGUGCCUGCCGCCGCCUGGAGCCUGCUACCACCCAUUGUUUGUCGCUGCCUGGUGCCUGCUACUGCCCAGUGCCUGCCGCCACCUGGUGCCUGCCGCUGCCCCGUGCUUGUCGCUGCCUUGGGCCUGCUACCACCCGGUGCCUCGCAAUGAACCGUGGCUGCUGCCUCCCGUGCCUGUUGCUGCCUGUUUCCUCCUACCACCCGGUGCCUGGCGCUGCCCCGCACCUGCCGCAGCCCAGUGCCAGCCACCACCUGAUGCCUGCCGCCACGCAGUGCCUUCCAGCGCCCAGUACCUGCCGCCACCUGGUGCCUGCCGCUGCCCAGUUCCUGCCACCGUUGCCUUCCGCCACCUUCUGAGUGCUGCUGCCUAG